GAAACAAAAUCCAAACGCCAUCCGGAUUUACGGAUGAGGACAACCUUAACCCACCGCUGGGGUUCAUGGAUUCUUUGUCUUGUUAGUUUUUAGUGUUCUACUAGAUAAAACUUUCGCGUUGAGAACAUCACACGUCGCCAACAAAUCGCACAGACGUGGCAGCUGCGGGAACUGCCACUGCGACACCUUUCCACCGUCCCCUUCUUCAUUCCUUUGAAAACCUGCCCUGGAUCAUUCUUUGCCUCUCUUCCUUUCUAUACGCCAACAAGUGUAAAUUUAGCUGUCUCCCGAGGGAAGAGAAAGAGCUGCGGGGGGAAAAUGGGUUCAGAGACAUUCCUAGAGGUGAUAUUGGCUAUUCUCUUGCCACCGGUUGGUGUCUUUCUUCGAUAUGGCUGUGGGCAGGUGGAAUUCUGGAUAGCCUUGUUGUUGACACUGCUUGGAUACAUUCCUGGUAUAGUAUACGCCAUUUAUGUACUGGUGGGAUAGCAGCAGCAGCAGCAGCAGCAGAAGAAGGCUUAAAGAGAGAGAGAUCUGUUGAGUUGUUGGCUUUUCUGCUGUCUUCUGUUUCCCCUGUAUGUUGUUUUGGUGUGACUUAAGAUGUUGUUUCAGG